UAGUGCAAUAGUGCAUCGGGCGAGUACUCGAUAGGUUAUGCAUUGUCUAUGUUACAAUCCAAACAAUAUUUUUAUUUUUUUGUGAAAAAUUAGUAGCACAUUUUACGAUGGAUUUUAAAAUAUUUUUACAAAACGUACUCAGUAACCAUGAAGGAGUUGAGGUAAAGAUUGAUUCCUUGGUCGAAUCCUCUUGUACUGAGCCAGGUCAAAAUUUUAUGUCGGUUGUGAGUAUUGUGAAAGUUGAGGGGAAAAUUGCUAAUGUCAGACCUUACUUCAAGAGCGUAUUCGUCAAACGAAAGACUCUCUUUGAAGGUAACAGUCAGCUGUUCAGCAUGGACGACGCGUUCGACAAUGAGGUGGUGGUGUACCUCAAGGUUCUACCGUUGAUUAUGCGGACUGCUGACGUCACCAGGUUGCCUUGUCCAAGCUACUAUCAUGUAUCCAAUGACGUCAUAAUACUGGAGGAUCUUCAAGAACAAGGGUUCGGCUCUGGAAAGGCCAGUGAAGGUUUCGACUUUGCAGCUGCUAUAAGUAUUGUGCAGGAACUCGCCAAGUUUCAUGCUGCUUCGUACUACACUCGGAUGGUAGACCAGGAAAGAUUCGACGUAACCGUAAAAGAACUGAAACCUAUUGGAUUAAUUUUAUCAAACAACAGAUCAAUGAUGGAAACGUGCCUUAAAAGAGUAAUACGGUACAUUGAAGCUGAAAAGGACAUGAACUUGGAAGCAACAUCACUCAGAAGACUUCACGGAAGAGUGACAGAAUCAAUGAGAGAGCUUCGUGAACCUAAGAAUGUGGCUGUGCUUGUCCACGGAGACUUUUGGUACAAUAAUAUCUUAAUUUGGAAAUCAGAAGACUCUGAAGACAAAAUACGUAUUAUAGACUUUCAAGCAUCAGCGCUUCUUUCACCAGCAGUUGAUUUCUGGUUGUUCCUUUACACAAGUAUUAGUCAUUCCCUUCUAGUCAAAAACUGUGUAGAGUUCAUCACACUAUAUAAGGCAUCGUUCCAAGAAGCUUUGUCCAACCUAAACUCAUUCGAGAUUCCAUCGGAAGAGUUGAUGUUUGAUGAACUCUUAUCGAAGGAACUAUAUGGGUUUCUAUCAGCAAUGGCGUAUCUUCCAGCGCUGUAUCUUAAAGGGGAAUUGCUCGGGGAAAUGACAAAAGCUAGUGAGGAAGAAAAGAAAGAUGGAUGUUUUCUGGACAAAUUUGUUCUUCCGGGGUUUAAGGAAAGACUGAUAGAAAUCGUGAGAUUUGCCUAUCAGAGGGGGGUGUUUAAUCACAUAGCGUAGAAAAUAUAUUUGGUCAAACAUGGACCAUAUACACCGUAUUAUUUAUAUUAUUGUAGUACAUAAACGCAAUUUGACUAGGUGGUAAACUAUUUUUCUAGUUACUUAAGGUUGAAAUUAGUUUCCUAAUUUUAAAUGCAAGUCAUAACUAUACAUUUUUUUAACUAAAAUGAACAGUAGUAAAAAAGCAAAGGUAGUGUUCUUAAAAAACUAUUUAAAUAAUACUCUUACAUUCUAAUCUAAGAACAAUAAUCCAACAAAUAUAUAUUUUUUUUUGUUAACUUAACAUUUAUGAUGUUAGGGUAACACAAAUGACUAUAGAAUGAACCACAGGAAAAUAGUGGCAUCAACGCCAAAAAUCUUUUACAAAAGGUUCAGGGUUUAAAAAAUAUAAUCUAAUACCUUGAAACUUAUGUAACAAAUUAUAUCUACACUAAUAACUUAAAACUUGCACCAUCUUAUCAUUUGGGAAAUGUGUAAUAAUAAUUAUUUAAAGAAGAAUAUUAAAUUUAUCUACCAUGGGCACUAGGAUGAAAACUUUGUAUACGAUUUGAUGUGAUAAUAAAUAUGUAGCAUCUCAAAAUAAUUAAUUGUUUAUUUAAAAACGUGUGUGUGCAUUUCACCACAACUUAGGUUAAAAUAAGGUUAAAUACGUAAUAAGUUACUUAUUAUUUUACCUUGAUGUAAAUGUUGUUUACA